AUGGAUACGAAGCUUUUGGACCCCUGCGAUGCUCAAAUGCCAGAGGGCUGGACCUGCGUCGCCCCACCCUUUAGCGCCAUCGUGCCUGGAGGCACCUGGAAAGAGUAUCCACAUUUGAGCUCUAGGCGGCUCUUCAGCGAGAGCAUCCGGGCGCGCGCGUCGCCGCUGGAGGAGCGCUUGCGGUCGCUGGGCCAGGAUCCGCGCUGCCUCAUCUGCACGACGGGAGUUGGCUACAGCGCCGACCUCGGUGGACCGAAGCACUGGCAAAAGCUGGGCGAAAUCGGCGAGCAGACGGUCAUCGAGAGCAUCCUCCAUCGCUACUGGCAUCGUUUUCCAGUUCCAGGUGGCGAAAUCGCCUUCAAUGAGUUGCUCGGCGAAGUGCGGGUCUUCAAAGCAGCACCUGCUGCAAACGCCCAACCCGCGGCGCCCCAACCCACCGCGCCCCAAGCGGCGCCCGUGGCGGCGCCCGUGGCGCCCGUGAAUGCCUGGGCAAACUACCAACCGGUGACUGGAAGUGAUGGAAGACCUCAGGAGUUGGAUCAUCCAACAACGUCAGUGAGUGUGAAGAGCAAGAGCUUAGAUCCUCUCACCCUACAAGAGGAAGGUCGUUGGCAUUGCAUCUACGAGCCUUGCAGCAUGUGCACCAAGCCCAAUGGAGACUGGCAGGCCUAUGGACAUUUGUCAUCGAAGAAGAUCUUCAAAGAAAGGAUGACUGAUAGGGCCAACGCCUUUGCGAAUUACGUCUAUGAAGCGGCUCGCAUUGAAGUGACCUGCCAGAUUUGCACGGCGGCGCGUGGAUAUGGAGAGCAUUUGGGUGCGGGCGCACACUAUGGCAAGCUCAGCAAGGACUAUGUGCCAGAUGGAGUUUGCGUGGCAACGGUGCGGGAGCGCUUAUGGAACGAGGUGCAGAUACCCAAUGGUUUCAUCCGCAUCAACGAGCUGGACGGGGCGAUUGAGGUGGCCAGGUGCUCACAACGGUCCUCUCCGGAGCCAACACCAGAAGCUCCAGCACAGCAGAGCUCAGCUCAGCCAAAAGCAGCUCCGUGUCAGCCACUCGUGCGAGACCAGACGCAAGCAGCGACACAGAGCCAAGCUGGAGCUCAGUGGCCGCGUGCUGAGCAACAAGCCCCUCUCCCGCAAAGGCCAACCCAGGCACAGCAGCCGCCAGCUAUGUGGACUGAAGCUCAGCUACCGGUUCAGCCGUCUCAGCCUACUCAGCAACCUGUGCGAGGCAUGCCACAGUCGCAGUUCGUGGGUUCCCCUACCUUGGUUCAGCAGACUGCAGCUCCACGGACUUCAGAAACUCAACCACUGGUCCAGCCUUCGUGUCAGCCCGUACCCAUGCCUCAGCCUGCUCACCCUGUGCCAGACAUGCCACAGUCGCAGUUCCAUUCACCUUGCUUCGACCAUGGCGCUGGUGCCGGCACCGGUGAAUACAUCCAUCCAUCCGGCCUCCCCGUGACCUUCGGCCCCGUCCCUCCCACGUCCGCCACGGCGGUACAGCGCGACUGGGACGAGUUCUCGGAGUACUCGGUGCGCGCCUGCAGUCCGGACCCCGUGAUCGUGUCGGAGGCGAGCUACCAGAUCUUCUGGUGCAAGGACCGGGCAUCACUGGCAAAGGUCCGUAUACUGGAGCAACAAUUGGCGGUGCUGGAUGCAGAAGCAAAACUCACUUGCUCCAUUUGUGAAGACUCGGUGUUCGUGCGGGAGCUCUCAAGCCACUUGCGAAGCAAGAAGCACUUCGAGCAGCUGAUGAUGCUGAUGCAUACCAUUGUAGUAGAUAAACAAGCGGACGAACAUCGCUUGAACCAGCGCAUCCAAGGUGAGAUGGUUUUGCACCACCUGGAAGUGACUCUGGUGGAACCCAAGAGCCACAUCACUGAGGUCAAUGCGGGGUGGAGUGUCCGGGCGCUCCAAGGUGCGCCCUGGAGCUUCUCCAGGCUUCAGCUGAGGCGUUCUCAAACGCUCAGCUGGGAGUUCCGAUAUGGCCUUGGAACGCUGCGCGCCGAGCGACGCAGCGUUCCGGCCACCAACUCGGUGAUCAGCGCGUGUGGCAAAGGUCGACAAUGGAUGAUGUCCAUGAGCUUGUUGAUGGAAAUGUCCCAGAAGGAGCUUCAGGCCGAUGAGGUCAGCUGGAACUCCCUGCUGAGCGCCUUCGAGAAAGGAACCCAGUGGCAGCGAGCACUGCUCCUGGUGGAUGCUGAGGUGUCCCUGUCACGAAUGGCCUUAAAUGCAAGUAUCAGCGCUUGUGCGAAUGCAUCUGCCUGGAAGGAGGCUUUGGCCGUGUUUGAGAGCAUCAAGGAGAAGGAUGUGGUCACUUACAACUCCUCCAUCACAGCAUGCACGAAGGGUCGGCAAGCUGGGCGUUCGCUGCGACUCUUUUCGGAGAUGAAGGCAUUGCAAUUGAGACCGGAUCAAGUCACUCACGGUGCAGUACUGAAUGCGUGUGAAAAGGCGGCCUUGUGGGUCGAGGCCCUCCACCUCCUGGCGCAGGAACCUCCACCAACUAUUGUCUUGGUGAACAUGGUGGCCAGCGCCUGCGAAAAAGGUCACCAAUGGCAGCAGGCUUUAGCUGUUCUGCAGGCGGCGAAGCGCCAUCGACUCCGGGCAGACAGCACCACGUUGAAUGCCGCCAUGGCGGCCUGCUUGCGUGGCGAGGAAUGGUCGCGUAGCCUGGAGUUCUUCCAUCGCAUGCAGAGAGGUCGUGGUCCCACCUUGCAUUCCUACGCAGAGGCCCUGAGCAGUCUUCACCAGGCGCAGAGAUGGGAAGACGCCCUGCGGCUGUUUGCCGAAGUGUCCCACCAGAGUGACCGUCACGUGUUGGGCGCGGCGUUCCGGGCGGCGGCGUUGUGCUGGCCAGAGGCGGGUUUGGGGGUUUAG